AUGGAUCCUAAUCAUUUUCAUUAUCAACAAGCUAUGUUCAAUUUCAUGCAGAAUUAUCAAAAUCCUAAUCCUCAAAAUUCUCAAAUUCCACCGAUGCCACCAUUUUCUACCCAAGUUCCACCAUUUUCUACUCAACCAUUUUCUACUCAAAUUCCACCAUUUUCUACCCAAGUUCCACCAUUUUCUACUCAACCAUUUUCUACUCAAGUUCCACCAUUUUCUACUCAAGAUCCAAUUGUGGGAGUUGAUCAAAAGGCUGAGAGUUUUUGGGUAAGAGUCGCUGCCAAUUAUAACGAGUAUCGUGGGCAAUCGCGGGAAAAGUUAAAGGGACAAUUAAAAUUUCGAUGGCAUCGAAUAAAUAGCUUGGUUCAAAAAUUUGUUGGGUGUUACAAACAAGCUGUUAAUGGAAAAAAAAGUGGGACAUCGGAGAACGAUGUCAUGGCCGCUACAAAUGCAUUUUUUGCUCAGGAUCAAGGUACAACAUUCAAUCUUGAGUAUGCAUGGCGAUUGUUAAAAGAUGAACCUAAAUGGAUGGGAGAAUCGAUUGGAAGUUCUUCAAAAAUAACAAAGACUUAUGCUAGUGAGGCAUCAUCGGAGAAUCCAAAUACACCUUCAAGUUAUGAGUUUAACUCAUCAUCACCAAUGGAGCGUCCAAUGGGACAAAAAGCAGCAAAAAGGAAAGGUAAGGCAAAGGAAAUUCCAAAUGCAACGCAAGAUGUAAGGAAUUAA